GGUAUGCAAAGAGCUAUUUUUUUUUAGCAUUGACUACAGUAUGCAGCAUAUAUUCGAACACCAGCAUCAAAACAGUUUUAAAGGGCCACAAACUAUACGCCACAAAUUUUUAAUAUUCACCAACUCAGCAACUUUGAAAAAGCUUUUUUCAGUAUUAUUGUUUUCCAUACACAUGCAAUUAACAAUAUUUUAUUAACUCGUAUUUUCAGGUAGCAACUUCUCUUUCCGAUGGCUCAUAUUUCGGAGAAAUCUGUCUUCUAACUAAUGCAAGAAGAGUUGCAAGUGUACGUGCUGAAACUUAUUGUAAUCUUUUUUCAUUAAGCGUGGAUCACUUUAAUUGUGUACUCGACCAAUAUCCAUUAAUGAGAAAAACAAUGGAGACUGUUGCUGCGGAGCGGUUAAAUAAGAUUGGAAAAAAUCCAAAUAUUAUGCAACAAAAAGAUGAGCAAUUAAGUAAUCCAGAAUCAAACACUAUUACAGCUGUAGUAAAUGCUUUAGCAGCUGAAGCAGAUGAAUGCAAGGACGACGACCUGGACAUGAAGGAGAACUUGUUACAUAACUCACAGAACAGCCUCGCCGAACCGGUCCAAACAAUCAGAGAAGGCUUGCCUCGACCACGAAGCGGCGAAUUUCGUGCUUUAUUUGAGGGUAACACUCCAUGACAGUAAAGAAAACAAGCAUCAAAGUAAUUUUACACAUAUAAAUAAUUUUAAUUUAUGUACAUUCAUUAUUUAAGAAAGAUAGGUAUGUACGAAUAUAAAAAAUUACAGCAGUUAACUUUAUAAUAAAAUCAUAUGAUGAAUUAGCAACUCAGCGAUAUAAAACGAUGCCACAUCGUAUGUAUUGAAUUUCUAUAUGUAUAUAUUUAUAUAAUUAUAUUUAUGAAAUAUAUAUAUAUC